AUGGCUCAUCUAUUAAACCCUCUCGCUACAGCAUCUCAGCUAUAUCAUAAAUCAUCUUUCUCAUCGCUUCCGCAAGAUCUUCAAGACACAAUCUUCAUCACUUCACAAUGCCUCACACAAGUUGCUGGUCAGCUCCUUGAGCUCCCUCAAUCCGUUACAGCGCAGGCAAAUGUCAUUUUGGCACGCUACUGGCUUGUCGGUUCUCCAAUGGCCAAUGAGUUCAGUGACACAUCUGCUGCUGCUCUUUAUCUGGUUGCCAAGAUGGGACCUCAACCCCGGUCAUCACGCGACAUAUCUAAUGUUUAUGCUUACCUCUUAUCUGAGAACUCAUCCUUCUUGCACGUCCAAAGCAGUCCAAAGAAUGAUCCCAGGUCCUAUUACGUGCCCGAAGCCGACUAUCACAGCUUUCAGACUCGCAUCCUUGCCAUUGAAGCCCGGAUCCUCUACACGCUUUCAUUCGACACCCACGUCUCACUGCCUCAUCCACUUGCAAUCACUUACCUGCAGACGCUGGACUUUCUCGCGCAGCCCAAGUCCAUCAUAUCUCUGCGCACAAUUCAAUAUCUUAACACAGCUCUCCUCUCGCCUCAGAUGCUGUAUCUCACCCACCAACCACAUGCGCUUGCUACUGCUGCCAUUUACAACGCAGCCCGAGACGUAGGCGCUAAGAUGCCGGAAUGUGAGUGGUGGGAAGUCUUUGACGUUGAUCGAGAAGAGCUCGGGUUCCUUGUUGUGGGAAUGCGAAGCGUGGAAAACUAUCUGCGCAAAUUCAAGGAGGAAAUGCCCGAUCUCAGCACGAGCAUGCCUACGCGAAAAUUGAUAGACGUGGAGCUUCAGAAGAGGGGUGUGGGAAGUGGGAAUGUCACUGCCGUCGAUGAAGAACAGGAGCUCAUGAACAUGAUGGAUAGCAAAUGA